AGUAGCAACUUCCAUAUCUAGCUGCUCGAUCGAGAGCAAAAGAAAAUGGGUUCCGAAUCCACUCUCAAACUUCCUGUGAUUGAUUUCUCCAACCUGCUUCUAAAACCUGGCACUCCCGAGUGGGACUCGUUGAAAGCCCAAGUCUGGCAAGCACUGGUGGAGUAUGGUUGCUUCGAGGCUUUGUUCAGCAAAGUACCAUUAGAGCUUCGAAAUUCAGUGUUGGGUGCAAUUGAAGAGCUUUUUGACCUCCCUUUACAAACAAAGCUACAGAACGUUUCUAAGAAACCCUUUCAUGGCUAUGUAGGGCAAUACCCUAUGGUCCCUCUCUAUGAGAGCUUGGGCAUUGAUGAUGCGCACAUCUCUGACAAAGUUGAUAGCCUCACAAACAUCUUCUGGCCUCAAGGAAACCCAAGAUUUUCCAAUGCCAUACAGUCAUACUCGGAGCAACUUUCGGAAUUGGACCAAGUAGUGAGGAGGAUGGUUUUGGAGAGCUUGGGUGUGGAGAAAUACUUAGAUGAACAUAUCGGGUCAACCAACUAUCUUCUUCGGGUCAUGAAAUAUAAGGGGCCUGAAACGACGGAUACCAAGCUUGGCCUAAGUGCGCACACAGAUAAAAACAUAGUUACCAUUUUGUGCCAGAAUCAAGUCGAUGGGCUAGAGGUGAAGACUAAAGAUGGUGAAUGGAUCAAUGUCAAGCCCUCCCCAGACACUUUCAUUGUCAUGAUUGGGGAUUCUCUACUGGCAUGGGCAAACGGUAGGCUGCACUCUCCAUAUCAUCGGGUCAUGAUGACCGGAAACAAGGCAAGGUACUCUGCCGGAUUGUUUUCAAUCCCCAGGGCUGGCUACGUUGUAAAAGCCCCGGAGGAGCUAGUUGAUGAGGAGCACCCUUUGCUCUUCAAGCCUUUUGACCAUGUUCAGUUCCUCGCCUUCUACUACACUGAGGCCGGUCAAAGAGCCGAGUCUGCUUUAACAACUUAUUGUGGUGUAUGAAAGAUUUGGCUAUAUUUGUAGUAAAUAAAGCUAUUACCAACUUGUAUUGCCUAAACCGUUUCCUUCCUAACCUUUUAAAUAAAGUGCUUUUUAUCUAA